AUGAAGCAACUUCAAAUGCUUGAUCUGUCAUUAAAUAAUUUAAGAGGAACUUUGGAUACAUGCCUUGGCAAUUUGACAUCACUUCGCUACGUUGAUUUCACCUUCAACUUCUUGAGUGGGAAUGUGACACCCUUUAUUGCUCAACUAAGAUCUAUCGAGCAUCUUGGCAUUGCAUUCAAUAGAUUUGAGGGUAUAUUCCAAUUCAACAUUUUGGCCAACCAUUCAAAGCUUAAGGAAUUACUAAUUGGCAAUAUGAAAGUGGAAACUGAAAAUCCGCCUUGGGUUGCAUCAUUUCAGUUGGAAGUACUGCAAAUUUGCGAUUGUGAGUUAAAUUUGCCAACAAAAAUUCCAACUUUCCUUUCAAAUCAAAGUAGAUUGAGAAUCCUUGAUCUAUCAGGAAAUAACCUGGUUGGUAAGUUUCCUAGCUUGUUGCUCAUGAACAACCCAAAUUUACAAGAGGUCUAUUUAUUUCAUAAUUCUUUUACUGGACCUUUAGAACUACCCUUUGAUCAAAAUCAUCGCAUGGAUCAAACAAAAGUGUUUUCCAUAUCGAACAACAAAUUGCUAGGCAAUCUCCCCUACAACGUUGGAUUCUUCUUCCCCCGUUUGGAGACUUUGGAUGUCUCAAACAAUAAGUUUGAUGGUCCUAUUCCAGCUUCAAUAGGAGAGAUGUCAAGCUUAGUGGAAUUGUUUCUAGGGAGCAAUAACUUUUCUGGCAAUGUACCUGACCACAUUCUUAACAGAUGCUUCUCAUUACAAACAUUGAUGAUGGACAAUAACCAACUCAAUGGAACACUAUUGAGUGCGAUCAGAAAGCUUAGGCUUACGGGCUUAACUGCAUCAAGGAACAACAUUGAAGGAGCAAUAACAGAUGAAUGGUGCCAACAUGAGUUGUUUAUGUUAGACAUAUCUCACAAUAAGUUCUCUGGUUCCCUGCCCUCUUGCUUCAAAAUGCCAGCAUACUUGUUCCUGCAGGGAAACAAUUUUACAGGCAUGAUACCUGAAUUAUUCAUGAGCAACCGCUCUAAAGCAACAGCCAUUGAUUUUAGUGAAAACAAGUUUACUGGAACAAUUCCUGAUAGUGUAUACAAGCUUUGGUCUUUAAAAUUUCUUUUAUUGGCAGGUAAUCACUUGCAAGGCCAAAUUUCCAGUCAAAUAUGCCAAUUAAAACUUAUCAAUAUCUUAGACCUUUCCAAAAAUAAUUUCAGUGGGUCCAUACCUGCUUGCUUCAGUAAUAUGUCGUUCGGAAAUGUUACCACUCCCUUUUAUAUUACUGAUAGGGCUAAGUUUGGCCCUAGACCUGAUCUUGCAGUAAUGCAACUCAUAACAAAAAAUUUGUAUCUUUCCUACAGAAGUGAUAGAUUUCAAUUAUUGUCAGAAUUAGAUUUGUCAUGUAAUGAAUUGACAGGAGAGAUUCCACACCAAUUAGGAGAUCUGCAUGGCCUUCAUUCUCUCAACUUAUCUCACAACCAUCUAAGUGGUCUCAUCCCAGAGAGCUUCCAGAAGCUUGAAAACAUAGAGAGUUUAGAUAUUUCAUAUAACAACCUAAGUGGACAAAUCCCUUUUCAGUUACAGGACUUGCACUAUUUGGCUGUCUUCAAUGUUUCCUACAACAAUUUAUCAGGCAAAGCACUUGACAAGGGACAGUUUUGUACCUUUGAUGGGAGUAGCUACAAAGGAAAUCCAUAUCUUACUUGGACUAACUGUAAAAGUGACAGUUCAAAACCACCACCACUUCCAACUCUAUUGCAUGAUGAUGAAGAAGAAGACUCUGAAAUUGAUUUCAAUGCCUUCUAUUGGAGUUUUGCUACAUUUUAUGUCAUGGCACUCGCAGCGUUGGUGACACUCCUUUGGAUGAAUCCUCAUUGGCGGAGAGUGUGGUUUUAUUUUGCCCAAGUGUGCCUUCAGAAAUGUUUUGGUCAAUUUCUUCAUGGUUUACAAUUUUAA